AUGGCCGGCGAGGACCGCCUGUCCGGACUCCCCGACGAUCUCCUCCGGCGCGUCCUCCACUUCGCCCCAGCCAAGGAGGCCGCGUCCACAACCGCGCUCUCGCGGCGCUGGCGCACGGCGCUCUGGCGCUCCUCGGGCGCCGUGAAUCUCGAGACGCGCGUCCGCAGACUCUACUACCAAGAAGCCGAGGCACGCCGCGAUGCCUUCGUCUCCGCGGCCUUGGCGGCGCUCGACGCCGCCGCCGACGACGGCGGCCGCGUCAAGAGGCUCACCUUACGCAUCGAGUCUGACGGCGACGACACCUCGCUCGACGAUUUCCUGAACCGCAACCGCUACAACAACUACCAGCGCGAGGUAAACCCAAAUGUGGUCGACGUCGUGCUCUCCCACCUCGCCGCGCGCCGGGUGGAGGAGCUCAGGCUGGUCGCCCAGGAAUCCAGCAACGAAUCGUUCGACGACGACAUGGAGAUCUUCUCCUUGAGUCGGGUAGGUGCCUAUAGGCUCAACCUCAACUUACUGCCGCUCGAGACUCUCCGUGUGCUGGAAAUCACCAACUGCAGGGGCCUCAACCAACCGGAGGCCGCGGUGGCCGCGUUCCCGCGGCUGUCGUCACUGUGGCUGCGGCAUUCUGCUCAGAGCCUUGGCUCCCUACACAGCAUCAUCGAUGCCGCGCCAGUGCUCUCUGCCGUCUGCCUCGAGUCCGUACAGAUAGACGACUACGACAUCAAGGAGGAGGACGUACGACGAUCCCUCGCUGCCCAAAGAAGCUGCACUCCUCCGCCUCCGAUCUCACCCGCCCUCCCCCUCGUCGCCGCGGAGAUCCACGCGCCGAGGCUGCGUAGAUUCAGGUACAAGGGGCUUCUCCGGCCGUUCUCAUUCAGUCCACAGCCGCCGGAGUUGCAACAAGUGGACCUCGAAUUUUUCCCGGACACUGACUACAGGAACAAUGAUCCAGACCGUGAUCUAGCAACCUUCUGGCGACUCGUUCGGAGCUUCACCAACGCCAAAGACAUGAAGCUAAGCAUAAAGCUCGAGGCGAUAGCCGUGGUCAGCAAGGCGAGGCAGGCCGAGCUCCUGCCCGCCUUCUCCAGCCUCGAGCGCCUCGAGUUGCAUGUAGUGCAUGGGGAGAACGUAAAGAAGGCAGCCCUGGGGAUCGCGAAUCUGCUCCGUUGCUGCCCCGUGCUCCGUGACCUCCGGAUCAACCUUACCACUGAGGAGCACGACACCUCCAAAAACCAUGAGCACACUCGUGAAUUCCUCAAAAGGAAAUUCCGAUCUAGCCGCGACAACCCCGUCGAUCGUUUUGAUUGCGACUGCAAUUCCGAGGAAGGAAAUGAUGAAGCCAUCAGUAGUGUUGCAUAUGAUGAAGUUUAUGAAAUUCCUGCCUUGAGUCGACACCCGUUCAAGUGCUUGCAGAGCUCAUUGAGUAGAGUGGGUUUGCGAUUCCGGUUUGAGAAGUUGAACUGCCUAGGUGCCAAGCUCAUCAAAUUUUUCGCUGAGAAUGCGAUAGUUUUGGAAGAAAUGCACAUCGACAGUGGAAAUGGAAAGCUUUGCCGGCACGUGAAUCGCAAGAUUGAAACAUGUAUCACGCAUUCAUUCAAAAGGAGAAAUCUAAAAGUACCAAGCUUUGCGGUGCUAACCCUUAAGAGAUGA